AUAUAUUCGUCGUAUUUUAGAUAUUUGGACGUGUUUUGUGGCGGAUUGAAGAAGACCGGAAGUCAACCUCGCUGUGUUUUCUCGGCCACAGUGAACCAUCUUUGCGGCGACUAUGAGAUAAACACAUACUUUCAUAUUCGAUGGUUCUUCCGUUGCUGUUGUAUCCAAACUGUCGUCGUAGUCGUUGCUGCUAAAGAUUUCUAGCUUUUUCAAACGCCGGUGGUGCUGCGCUUGAAAGACGUCAUUCUGGUUUUGUUGUGGAUGGAAUUUCACCUCGUCGUUUCCCUGUCGCUAGUGUCAAAGAUAUUACAUAAUAAUGUGGCGGUAAGCCAUUGACUUUGGCGUAAGACUGGUCUGUUGUUAUAAUUACGCGUUUGUCGCCGUGGUUCGUUUAAAACGUAAAGGUAGCCGUAGUUAUACGUUACAAUGGGGAUCAACCGGGUCUACAUUAGCAUAGGAUAUGCUACAUUCGGAACCCUGGUUGGACUGUCCGCUUUCUUGGUCUGGAAUAUUGCUUAUCAGCAGCCAUGGACGGCGGCCAUGGGAGGCCUGUCUGGAGUGUUGGCGCUCUGGUGUCUGGUCACACACGUCAUGUACCUGCAGGACUACUGGCGCACGUGGCUCAAAGGACUCCGCUUCUUCAUCGCAGUUGGUGUGCUCUUCUCCAUUUUUGCAGUGACCGGCCUCAUUACCUUCCUCACCCUUGCCAUCACACAGAAGCAAUCUCCCACUGACCCGAGGAGCCUCUACCUCUCCAGUGUGUGGAGCUUUCUGACUCUGAAGUGGUCGUUCCUGUUAUCUUUGUAUUCCUACAGAUACCGUCAGGAGUUUGCAGAUAUCAGCAUCCUCAGCGAUUUCUAGUUAGGAUUGAGAGAAUGAUUUUAUAGAUGAGUGGACUGAUGGAAGGAUUUUGGCUGUUUGCAGGAGCGGGACAAAGAGCUUUUGUAACGACUAGGAAAAACAGACGUGGCUAGAUAAAAAAAGUAAUUUGACCUUUACCACACGGAGUUUCACUUGUUGUUCAUGCUUAACUCGUCUUGUGUUUAUAUUGUAACCUGUUCUCCUACUUUUAAUGACCUACAAAUCAUAUUUCCCAUGUCUGAAGACUGGAACUGUUGGAGGCAUGUUGGUAGAUUAUCAGACAGAUUUUAUCUUGGGGAUUUUUGAAACCUAACAUGUUAAAGGAAAUCCACACCAUGACAUUUUAAUCCAAUUAGUAGUUGUUAAAAUGAAAAUGCCCUCAAAGCUGAACUAAAGUAAAGUAAAACCACUUAGCUGAGACCAUGCUGAUGCUAUGAAGUGGACAUUAUAUGAUUGGCGUGUCGCUCUCCAAAAUUAACAUUUUUCUUAAAAAUUAUCACUGUCUUAGUAACUUAAGUUUGUUUUUUAGUUCCUUUGAUUAUAAGGCAAGCAAUUUGAGUGCUUUUUAUUUUGUCGACCACUAUUUUGAAAAAGUGCACUCACAAUUGCAGCUUUUUUUGAAACAUUAGUAAAUGUAUGAUCUUAAGAAGGAAGUGUACGAUAUACAUACUUCAUACUAUUAUGCUCUUGUUUCAUUUGAUCUGAAUAGUGCAGCCGUAUAUCAUGUCCCCGAAAAAGGUUUUGCUGUGGAAUUAGUGCUUUUCAUCUUUUGUCCCACCAGGGGGAGACAUGCUUAUUCUGUAUGGGGUCCACACACAUUCCUGUGUAGAAAGAAGAAAUUGUUAAAUAAUUGCACUUUACCUUUGAUAUUGAUGACCUUGUUUUGCACACUCAUCCUGUUACAAUGGAGAACAAAUGUUUCACAUGCUGUCAUUAAUGUCUCACCCUUUUUAAUGUUGAAAUACACUAUUUAUAUAGUAUGUAUCAUGUACACCUACUAUAAUUUGUGUCAAGUUUAAACCAGGCUAUGUGAGUGGUUUAGUUCCAGCUGUAGCGUAUGUCUACCUUCUACCAUAAAACAUGUAAAGUUGUCAUUUUGGUUGGGAUUUUGAACUGAAUGUAAGAAUGCUACCUGUAUAUAGAAAUGGAACCUAUUAAAGAUGCAUUUAUUGUUAA